AUGGCGAAUUUAUUUAGCAAGAGCCUUGCGCAUAUGAAAGGGCCUUUCCGGGAUAGCAGGGACUUACCGCCUGUCCAACUAUCCAACCCUGCCAAAGAAUUCGUAGAAAGCCGAGUUGAGAUCAAUGCGGUAACCCCGAAAAGCAGUCAUCGAGAAAGUGAUAGCUCCGAAGAGAAAUCGCCCCCCAAUGAGGCAGACAACCCAGUUCUCCAAAGUGAAGAUGAGGACACACACUGCAAGCACUUCGCAGAAGUUUUGCAGACCUUCGAAGACGAUCUACCGAGCAAGUACAAGACGCGCUUCAAUCUUUACGGCAAGCAUAGCUGGUCGGAAGUCAUCGAGGAAGCCAGCAUCGCCGAGAUGAAGUACCGAAAGAAGGGCGACAGGGAAUCUCCUUUUGGCAAGGUGCGCGGGUGUUUCCGCUCGCUGCAGAAGAAGGCGCCGAUGCUGGAGGGCUGGCUGGUUCUUCUGCCCGACAAAAGCGAAUAUACCAGUCUGAUUUGCGGCGGCUUCAAGAUAAUACUGCGUGCCGCGGCCAGGAUGGACAAGAUCAAGGAGUUUAUGGUUAAGGCGAUGGCGGCAAUUCCUGAGGAGGUGGAGUCGGCGCAGUUGAUGAUUGACUAUAAUCAAGACUUGGAUACCUCACGGCGGCUAUACAAGUCUGUGUCGUCCAUGUACCUUUCGAUAUUUGCGGUUCUGGAGCACAUCAUCAACUGGUAUGGUCAAAGGUCUGCGGGCCGGCACUUCAAGGCCAUUUUGCAGCAGAGUAUAUAUGAGAAGGAGCUGGAGGACAAGAUCAAUGACUUCAAGACGGCAGUUCUGUCCGUAAAAGACCUAGCCAGCUUAUACGGUCUUCGUCGUAUCCGUGAUGUAUAUAACGAAAGCGUUGCUAUACAUCACGAAAGCAUUGCCACGCAGAAUCUUCUCCAGUCUUUGGUAGAAGCUUUGCGCAGCAACCCAAAGCUCCAUCCGCAGACUGGGCAGUUGCUACAACCCGCACCGACUCCGCCGCAACCCCUGAGAAGGAAAGUCGUUUCGAGACAGGUGCUGUGCGAGUCCAUCCUCCGGUACGAGCCCGACGUCCCCUGGGAGGACCUGGCUGCCAUCAUGCACCGAGGAAGCGAGCUCACCCUAAAGGAGCAGGACCGGGUCGUGUACGUGAUAGAGAGUCCCGUGCUGCCGAACUGGCUGCUCAGUCCCAAGAACGGCGUCCUGCUUAUCCGGGAUGAUGCGGAAGAGCUCGACAACAACAGCACGCCGGCGAUGUCCUUCGUGGCCGCGCACCUCAUCCAAUCGGCGCAGCAGACGCAGAAAUCCCGCCGCCUACUAUGCCUGCACUGGUUCGCGGGGCAGCACCGGAACGCGAAGAGCGACGCCGAGGCCAACGUGCACGCGAUCAUGCGGUCGCUGAUCGGGCAGCUGCUGUACCUGCAUGGCCAGUUCGACCUCUACUUCAUCAAGGUCGGCACAGCGCGCGCGAUCCGCGACGACAACGACCUCAAGGUCCUGUGCGACGUCUUCGACGAGCUGCUGUUCCAGCUGCCGGGCAACACGGUCCUCUUCUGCGUCGUCGACUGGCUCGCCUGCCUGGAGUACCGCUACCGAGACGACGUCCGGUACCUGGUGGAGCGACUGCGGGCGGUCGCGAGGCACGCGAGCGAGAAGGGCGGCCUCUUCAAGCUGCUGCUGACGCACGCUGGGGGGGCGUUCAGGGCGGCGGCGAUGUUUGACGGCCCUGGGGAGGUGUUGAGAGUGCCAGAAGAUGGGAAUGGGAAUCGAAUGGGGUUUAAUAAGCUGAUGUGGGAUUUGAAGGUCAGUAGUAAGAUUAGCCAAGCGGUAAAAGGGGCGUCGAAAUCUGCCUUAGGUAAAUGACUAGAAUGAAAUAUACCUAUACAACCCGAGAGUAGUGUUUCGUAGGUGCUAUCAGCAAAACUUACAGAGAACAAAGAAGGACAUUUGCAUGUACAGACCACCGCCCCCUCCUUUCGUAGAUAAGUUCAUAACUACGAUGGCUUUGUUUCUAUGCCUUUUGGGUUGGUUAUGUAACAAUAGGUAU